UCUAUCAAUAACUAAAUAAAACACAAGUCCUAAUAAACCUGUAAAGAGAAAAAUGGCGGGAAAAGUGUGUAUGGUGAUGGCACUUAUCAUGAUAGGGUGUGUUUUACAAGCAUGCAAUGGAGCCAAUGUUGACGAGGCCAAGCCGAAAGAAUCAAGAUUCAUUUGCUUCACAGCCUGUUCCAUAGCAUGUGGCAAACAUAACAAACCUUGUUACGACGGAUGUUUGACCAAGUGUGGUCUCCCAAAACGUCCUUCUAAACCAACAUCAUCUCCAUCACCUUCUACCACCGCUUGAUCUGAUCUUAUUCUAUUUGUGAUUUGUCUCUUUAUUGCUAAGGAUGUCAUCUUUAUGUAUUUCUUUAACAUGAAUAUUAAGUGAGAAUUAUACGAUAAAUUUUCUGAUUA